AUGUCCCCGAGUCAGAAAAGCCAUUUCAAGUUACUACAGAAAUUCAAACCGGACUACUCGCCCAGCGAAUUUGUCCAGUAUGAAUCUGAGAGAACUGGCAUGCGGGUCGUGGUCAUCGACCAAAAAGGUCCUAAAGUAACAGGAUACUUUGUCCUUGCCACAGAAAUCCAUGAUGAUUCGGGAGCCCCGCAUACGUUGGAGCAUUUGUGCUUCAUGGGUUCUCGCAAUUACAGAUACAAGGGAUUUCUUGAUAAGCUCGCUACACGGGUUUAUUCGAGUACCAAUGCCUGGACAGCUACAGACCACACGGCGUACACACUUGACACAGCAGGCUGGGAAGGAUUUGCACAGAUUCUGCCUGUAUACCUUGAGCAUGUAAUAGCUCCAACCUUGACAGACGAAGGCUGCUACACAGAAGUACACCACGUCGAUGGAACUGGAAACGAUGCAGGCGUUGUGUACUCUGAGAUGCAGGGUGUGCAGAACAACUCUGCUGAACUUAUAGAUUUGAGUGCUCGUCGUUUGACUUACCCACAUGGCGUGGGUUUCCGUUAUGAGACUGGUGGUAUGAUGGAGCAGCUCCGCGUUCUCACGGCAGAAAGAAUUAGAGAAUUUCACCGAGAGAUGUACCAACCGAAAAACCUGUGCUUGAUCAUCACAGGCGAGGUUGACCAUGCCAAUAUGCUUGAGACACUGGACAAAUUUGAAGACACCAUUCUAGAUGUUAUUCCACGUCCAGAUGCUCCGUUCAAGCGACCAUGGUUUCCCGAAGAAGAUGAGUCUUUUGGAGAGAUCGAGAUCAGAUUCCUGGGACCGGAUUCUACAGAUCCCGUUCAAACUGGGGCCCUCAAUGUUACACUUUUGUACCUUGCUGGAUCGUCCGCUUCGCUCUUAGACAACAUCCUUGUCGAAAAGGAACAACUGGCAAGUGCCGUCUACUAUGCCACUGAAGACCACCCCUCUUUUGAGAUUCGGUUCACUCUGACCAGUGUGGAAACCGAUAAACUAGCCCAGGUGGAACAGCGCUUCUUUGAAGUGCUGAAGGAUGCAAUGGAGAAAGAGCUAGACAUGAACUACCUCAAAGAAUGCAUUGACCGACAAAGGCGGACCUGGAAAUUCUCUACUGAAAGCUCCGCUUCCUCCCUCGCCGAGUACGUUAUCUCGGAUUUCCUGUUUGGAAAGAGGGAUGGUUCGACUCUCCUGGAUGUUGCGACUUUGAAGGAGUACGACGUACUGGAGAAGUGGAGUGAGAAUGAAUGGCGAAGUUUCAUUAAGAGAUGGAUUUCGGAUGCUCUCCAUGUCACUAUAUUGGGCGUGCCAUCUAUGAAGAUGUCCGAGACUCUAAAGAAGGAGGAAGAAGCCAGAGUGGCAGCACAGAAGAAGCGUCUUGGUGAAGCAGGCCUGAAGCAGCUGGCUGAGAAGCUUGAAAAAGCAAAAGCCGAGAACGACAAGGAGAUUCCCAAGGAGAUGCUGGAGCGAUUCAGCAUCCCUGGGAUUGAAUCAAUCCAUUUUGUGGAAACUACCACAGCCAGAUCUGGUGCUGCUUUGAAGGCAGGACGCCCUAACCAUACUGCCCAGAAGCUUGUAGACGCUGAUGGCUCCGAAAUGCCUCUGUUUAUCCACUUUGAGCAUAUUCCUAGCAAUUUCGUCCAGCUUUCCCUUCUUAUCUCAGCUCACUCUGUUCCGGUUCAACUUCGCCCCCUUCUUUCUAUUUACACUGAAGCUUUCUUCAACCUCCCAGUUCAGCGUGAUGGAAAAACCAUCAACUUCGAACAGGUUGUUGUUGAACUGGAGAGGGACACAGUUGGGUAUGCGAUGGAAAAUGCCAGAAGUCUAGGCAACUCGGAAAUGCUGCGUAUCUCCUUCCAAGUCGAGCUGGAGAAAUAUAGCACGGCGAUUGCAUGGCUUCAGGAGCUAUCCUGGAACUCAAUCUUCGACGUGGAGCGACUGCGAGCAAUUACCAGUCGCCUUCUCUCCGACGUGCCUGACUCCAAGCGUAGUGGCGAUGACAUGCUCGCAGCGGUGCAUGUCAUGGUCCACUACGCAGCUGAGUCCAUAGUCCGCGCCCGAAGCACCCUGGUGAAGGCACGCUAUCUCAAGAGGAUCAAGAAACAGUUGGCUGAGGAACCAGAACUCGUGGUCUCCCGCAUGGAAGAAAUCCGAAAGGCACUGUUCCAGUUCGAAAACAUGCGAGUGCUGGUCAUUGCCGAUCUUGAGAAACUCAAGAGUCCUGUCUCUUCCUGGAAGCCAUUUGUCGAGCGACUUGGCGCGAUUUCUACCCUCCAGCCCAUCACAGCAAGAAGGGCUUUGCUGAGCGAGGCCGGCCAGAAAUUGGGUGGAGAGUCCUAUGUGGUUCCUAUGCCCACUAUUGACUCGUCGUUUGCUUACGCAACCGCUCGGGGCCUUGAUUCGUACAACGACCCCAGACUUCCUGCGCUGUUGGUUGCAAUUGCCUACAUGAAUGCAGUUGAAGGUCCUCUUUGGGUUGCAGUUCGUGGCACUGGACUGGCAUAUGGCACUAACUUUGCUUACAACAUCGAUACUGGCUUUGUCAACUUCGACGUGUACCGGUCUCCUAACGCUCACAAGGCCUUCGAGUCGAGCAAGCAGAUUGUCCAGGACCAUCUGUCCGGUGCUACUCCGUUCGACCCUCUGAUGCUAGAGGGAUCGAUCAGCAGCAUCGUGGUCAGCUAUGCCAACGAGCAGGCGACCAUUGCAGGUGCCGCCCAGGGCAGCUUUACCCGCCAGGUCGUGCGCAACUUGCCCAGUGACUACAAGGAGAAGAUGCUUCGACACGUUCGGAACAUUAGCGUUGACGAUAUCAAGGGCGCGCUCCGCGACAUCAUUCUUCCCCUGUUUGAUCCCAAGACGGCUAACAUCGUUGUUACCUGCGCUACUGUGCUUGAAGAGACUAUCAAGGAGGGUCUCCAGUCAUCCGGGUUCACUCCCGAGGUGCGGCCGCUCAAGGACUUUGAGGACGACUACGGCCUGAAGGUCGGUGAUGACGAGGACGAGGAGUCCGACGACGAAGACGAUGAUGACGAAUAUGAAACUGGAUCGGAAGAUGACGAAGAUGAUGAAGAUGAUGAAGAUGACGACGAGUGA